UUGGGAGACAUUGAAAAACUGUUGUUAUUUACAGCGAAAGUGCUGCGUGGUGUCUGAUAUAAACGCUUGUUUCCUGUUAAUUAAAAACAAAUAAAUUCUUGAAAGUGUUUAAAGUGAAGAAUUAAACUUCAUAGAACCAUAGAAAGCUGCUGGCAAGCCAAUAACUAUUCCAGUUAAUACCAAAAAUCCCCUAAAAUGCCCGAACAAGCUGCAGAUCAGGAGAACCAGGCUCCAAAGCCACAGACGAUAGAUGUGCAUGCCUACAAUCCUGAAGUUUUACAGGACAUGCUACCUGUUUACUACAGACGUCUUUUCCCUCAUCAACCAUUUUUCCGCUGGCUCUCUUAUGGAUUGAGUGAAGAAGGCAUUUUCAGCAAUCGUGAAAUUUCCUUUACGCUCCAGGACGACAUCUACAUUCGAUACCUGUGCUUCGAAAGCCAGGCUGAGUUGGAAAAGGAGAUCUGCUCGAGAAAUCCUGUUAAGAUCGAUAUAGGACCAGUGAUGCACACCAAACCCAAGAACCAUCGCACUGUUCCCGGGGGAUUAACGCCCGUGCAACGUGAGCUGGUCUUCGACAUUGAUAUGACGGAUUACGAUGAUGUGCGCACGUGUUGUUCCGGAGCGGGUGUGUGCCUCAAGUGCUGGAAGUUCAUGGUGCUCGCAGCCAGGAUUUUGGAUGUGGCUCUACGCGAGGACUUCGGUUUUGAGCACAUCGUCUGGAUUUUCUCCGGCCGACGAGGUAUCCAUUGCUGGGUGUGCGACUAUCAAGCCAGACACUUGGAUGGACGUGGUCGUUAUGCGGUGGCGGAGUACCUGAACAUUAUAUCCUACGUCAGUUUCGCAGGCACCAAUUCUGCCAGAUGUCCGAUGGGCGAACGCCCGCAUCACAGCAUUAAGCGGGCCCUCAAAAUAGUGGAGCCUAUGUUCGAAGAGGUCAUACUAGAGGAUCAGAAUCUGUUUGGAACUCCAAAAGGUGUUACCAAGCUCCUUCACAUGGUUCACGAUGAUGCCGCUCGCGGCGAACUGGAAUCGUAUCUGCAAAAGAAUCUUGAGGAUGGAGCUCACUCCCGACUCGUGUGGGAAAGCUUUCUCAAAUACGCCAACUCCAUGAGAACUUCCACGGCAAGUGCCUGGAGCCGUAAGCUAAAGAACAUAGUACAAGAAAUCCAGCUCGGAUUGCUCUAUCCUCGUUUGGACAUCAACGUCACCCGGGGAUUCAAUCAUUUGUUGAAGGCUCCAUUUUGCAUUCACCCAGCUACGGGAAAGGUUUGUGUGCCAUUCAGUGUGAGUGCUGUGGCCAAAUUCGAUCCGACUACGGUGCCCACGAUCACUCAGUUGCUUCACGAGAUCAACGCUUUCGAUGACAAGAGCAAGAGCUACAUGGAGGUGCCGGAGGACAAGAGCCGCAUCAAGGAUCACAAGAAGACCAGCAUGUUUAAGGGCGUUGUGGUUUUUGAGGAGUUUCUACGCAAGCUAGAACGCAGUAACAAGUCAGCCAGUUUGCAGUUUUAAAUACAAUAUUUUUAAGUUAAGUUAAAAUAACCAAUAAAAUGGCGUAAAAGUUUAAA